GUUUAUAUACAUGACAGGUGCGAGCGACCGGAUAUUGUUGAGCGACCUCAAUAUCCAUUAGUGGAUGGACGAAGAAGAGACUUUUUGACGAUUUAUACAAUGGAUAGACCAAUUAGAUAUCAAGUUUUGACGAGCGAGGAAGAUGAUGUACCUGCUCAACCUCUAGCUGUUGCUAUGGUGCUGCCCCCAGUGGAACAACCACCAGCGCCACCUAGUGAGGAACCUGAACACAUGUAUGGCACAAAGCUUCCGACUUAUGAUGAGGCCACAACUUUACCUACUUAUGAGGAGGCAGAGAGAUCAAAGGCUGCAGAGGCUGAGCGACAACAGGAUGUGGAGGGACAGAACCAGGAGGAUAUGGAACACAGCAGACAUAUGCUUAGAGUAACUUCCCUUGGAACAGAUGGCAUGUUUCUUUGCGCGUUUGUUGUUGCAUUCUUUUUUAAUUGGAUUGGAUUCCUAUUCUCCAUCUGUGUGUUCACCACCAUUGCUGGGCGAUGUGGUGCCCUCUCGGGACUUGGUCUGUCCAUCGUCAAGUGGGUGGCCAUUGUGAAGCAAAACGACUGGGCUUCUGGUUAUGCAGAGAGCGACUCCUGGAUAUGGUGGCUUCUUAUACUCUGUGGGUUCAUGAUCUUCCUGAGAGGUGCAAUACAUUACGCUAAGAUCAAGUACGAGUGGAAUCGUCUAGCUCACAACAUUCGCUCCCAGUAUUUCUUUACACUGUGAGUUGAUGCGUCUCGCUGGACGAAUCGAUCCUGGAUACUUUGAUCAGAGGUGGUGAAAGAUUAAUAUUGGAACUCUGGGUGAAUCCAUAUUACCUUGAUGCGAAUCCAUAUUACCUUUAUGGGAAUCAAUAUUAACCUUGAUGGUAUAAUUUAAUCGUGAAUUAAUUUUUUUUCAUCAUAUUCAUUGUAUAUGGAACCAGCAAGAAUGCCAUUAGUGAGGAAUUGAUUUAUUUUGAUGCUGACAACGGCAAGACGUCUGUUGCCAUAGUAAAUAUAUUGUAUCAGUUUUGCUGCAACUUCAGACGAAAUCUUUUCCCGGAUUCAAGUUUUCAGCUUUUUGAUAAGUAGCCAUGUGGAAAAAAUAUGUAGGGUGUGUGCCAAACAUGACCUGACUGCCAUGUGUAUCUGGUAACGAUGUAUUCAGUCUUGAAAAGUAAAUAAAUUUUAGUGAAUGUGAAAAAGUUUUGCACACACCAUAGUAAAAUUUUCUUCAAUAUUUUAUUUCCCAAUGAAUUGUUGAGUAAGGGUUCUACAACUCGUCGGAGUUAAAAAGAACAUGCGACUCUUCCAAGGUUGUAUUUGGUUUCUAUUAUUUAGUUUUUGUGAAUUUUUUACAUAAAACUUAAAGAAGAUAAUGGAAACAGUUCAUCUGUGGUAACUAUAUAUUCUGUAAAUCCAUAAAAAAAUGUCACAAUACAUAAAAACUUCAGGUGAUGAUGGAGUACCAUUAAUUAAGAAAUUUGCAAUGUAGACUAUUUUAUCUAGCUUUGAUGAAAUACAUGGUAGUGCAUGUUUAUACAAUGUAGUACAUGUCAGGUUUGGACAAAAUUGAAUGUUCUGGUGUUAUUAAUGAAUACUUUCAAUACACAGAUCUCAAAGUCGUCCCCACACAUGUAUUAUAUUGUAUGAAAUAAUGUAUAGACUGCAUUAUAUUUGAUGCACUCCUUUUUAUACAUAUUUAAAUGUUGUUGUGCUGCCCAAAGUCACUUGCAGAAUACAAAUCCUCUUUGUACCAUGUAAUUUAAUAUUAUUAUAUGAUCUUUUGACAUUUUGUAAUUCAUAAUUCAUUUCUUGGAUUGGUUCGAUGGUUCCUUAGCUUGCCAGCUUUUUUUUUUCGUUGGGAUGCAGGCAUGUUAGUUUCAUAAAUUCUCUAGUUGAACGUCUUGUAGAUUUUUGCAAAACCAAACGACACGCCCCUCCCAAGUCUUUGGAAAAAUAAUUAACAUUACUUCCAUCCACUCUAGACUUCAAUUAUCACAUUCAGUGGUUGCUGGUUAACUUUGAUUAAUAUUUUUAUGAUUUCUUUGCUGUUUCUGGCCUACUGUAAGAGUGUAAAGGUUGUAAUUAAAUUUAAAUACUGGUUAAUAAACAGUAAAGCUGUGAAUUAUGCUUGAGUAUAUCAAAUAUAUGCAUGGGUCAGACAAUCAAAGAUUUCCUAAAAUCAAAUUUUUUAACGUCAAGCAUCUUUAAUAAGUUCCUCAAGGCAACUCAUUGUGUAUAUAGGAAACUAAGCACUUUUGUCAGCGUCCGUUUUAAAAAUAUUGACCACAAAAUUCUUCUUCACUUUCUUUGUUCGUGUUAAUCAGUGAUGAAAUUUUGUUGUGCUUUGUGUCAUCCGAAUGUGACAUUUCAGCAUCUCUGGUGCUUUAUCUUGGACUGCUUUCUCAUAACCUGGUUGAAGCAAUGCAGAUGGCACAAUACUACUGCAGGAUAAUAUUUAUUUAACAUGUUUUUUUACAAACGUGCAUGUACCCAACUACAGUACCAUGAUGAAUAGAGCUCAAAUUGCACAGUUUUGAAGUUAUCCAUCAUUUAUAUGUUUAAUUAUAAAACAUAACAAACUGAGAAAGUUUAUUUUUUUCUUCUUCAAAAAUACUGAAUAUUUUACCAUUUGCUGGGAUAUUUGAAUUAACAGACCUUGUUUUACAUAUAAAUUUUGAAAACUAGUGACAUUUGGCCUUAUUGUUUCGCACAGGCAUAUCUGUACAGGUUUCCAGUGUUCGGAGGCUCAGUCCUGAACUGUACCUGUUGCUAUUAAUUCCGAUUCCAAUGUUUCGACCGCCUAUGUGAAAGCAGUCUCACAUACAAUAUUGUGCCUGUGUAUGAUUGGUUGUCUUCCAGCUGGGUCAGUCUGUACCUCGUUUGCUUACCAUUAUGGUAACCCAUAUUUCUCGACCUUCUGUAGCAAAAACAGUCUUCACUCUUUUACUAGACUCUCUUAAGUUGAUUAUAUGUUCAGAAUGGUACACCAAAAGUUUGAUAUUCUCAAUGAUAUAAGUACAGGGUUAUUUGUUAGUAUUCUUAAUUUUGGUCAUUUUUUGGCAUGGUUGGGUUUUUGAUUUAUGAAAUCUGACGGACCAAGUGAUUCUGUUUUAAUUUUCUGCAAACCUUGACAAAGACUUAACAAGUCCUGUAUUAACAUAGGCAAGUCGAAUAAGAUUGCAGUUAUCGCUUAAUGUGUUAAAUUUAGAGAUAAAAUGGUUUGUCCAAGUAAAGAGAGCUGAAGUGAUAGCAAGUCUCAACAUCGUAGCUCAUUUACAUAUUAUAAAUGUAUAUUUAUAUUUAACAAGUUACUUGGCAAGUCUUGGGAAAUUUUUAUUUACUGCAAAAUCAUAAUGCUCAAUUAUACAAAGUCAUUAAUUAUACAGGACAGUUUUGGUACCAAUUUUUUGGGGGGUAAAUGUAUAAUUUUGUAUAUUUUUUUUUUAGAAGAUUAAUAGAUGUAUCUUUCAUGCACACAAAAUCUUUGACUUAUAAAUUAAUUAAGAUUUAGAAUGAUAACAUGAACUAAAUUAAGAUUCGGAAUAAUGAAAUAAAGGUUUAGAAUGAAUAAGCUGGAAGUUUUUAAAUUCAAUUUUAUGAAUUAAUGAUUUUAGUCCUAGGUAUAUCUACAGAGUUAUAAUGGUCCUUUAUAGAUUUGUCUUUCAUUAUGUGAUGUAUUGUCAGAAAUGUGUAACUAUAUUUAUCUAGUGAUACAGAUACUUACUGUGAGUUUAUAUAGAAGUUUCCAUCUUAUUUCUAUGUUGAUAUACUCCCAGUAGUCUGUAGCGACAAGAUCUUCCAGAGUAUGGAAAUUAAAAAUAAAUUGAUUUUAUCAUCACA